AAGUCCCAUCCCUCCUUCAGCAAGGCUGUGAGCUGAAGACUUAAGGAUAAUGAGGCACAGCCCAGCUGGACUUUCCCGGAAGGGCAGCUCAGCACCUUUUGCAUUUGGCUCUGCUUUCCCCAAGGACUUCACUUAGGAUUAAGUCCACACUGGUUGCUGCCUCAGCCAUGGCCUCCAAGUGCCAUGCAGUCCCCCCAAAGCAGCAGGAUGGCAAAGGUAAGAAAAUAAAAAGGGGAGAGGAGGACUGGAGCUCCACCUUGGCAGCCCUGAAAAGUGCCCCCAAGGAGAAGCCCCCUGCCACCAUCGAUGGGCUGUGCCCCCUGAGCUCAAUGCCCGGUGCACAGGUGAGAGAGGGUUGGGGGGUGUCCCAGAGCAUAUUCCUUGCUGCCUCACAGCCCCUUGUUCCCUGGCUGCUUCCCCCCAGCACAGAGCUGGUGGAGCAGGGAUUCAGGGAGGUCCUGACUGCUGCUGUCCACUGCCAGGGGGAGGUCGGCCAGUCCAAGCUCAUGCCCACCACCUCCCUGGAGGUUGCAAAGAAGGACUUUGAGAAGAAGUUUUGGGAGAAGACGAAGAACAGCUGGGCAGCGAGGGAGAACUUUGUUGCCCAGCCAGGGAAGUACACGCUCAUUGAGGUGCAGCCAGGGGCUGGGCAGGAGGUGGAGGUUGCCCUCAGGGGGGACAGUGUGGAUGAAGAGAAGGUCUGCAAGCAGCGGGUGCUGCCCUGCACCUUGGACAAAGCCACACAGGACCUGGUGUCCCUCAUCUUCAGCAGUGAUAUGUUCCGGGAUGCCAUGCAGACCAUGAAUAUUGACGUGAAGAUGCCACUGGGGAAGCUGAGCAAGCAGCAGAUUGCUAGGGGCUUUGCAGCCUUGGAGGACCUGGAGGUAGAGCUGCAGGAUCAGCCCCCCCAGGCUGCCCGCCUGGAGGAACACUCCUCCCACUUCUACACCAUCGUCCCCCAUAACUUUGGGCAGGCACGACCACCCCCUAUCAACUCCCCUGAGCUUCUUCGUGCCAAGAAGGACAUGCUGUUGGUGCUGGCUGACAUCUAAGUGGCACAGAGCCUGAAGGCACAGAAGGUGAAGGAGGAGGUGGUGGAGGAAGUUGCCCAUCCACUGGAUCAGGAUUACGCCCUGCUCUGCUGCCAGCUCUCCCUACUGAAUCCAGCUUCCCGGGAAUACCAGCUGAUCCAAAAGUAUGUGACACAGACACAUCUCUGCACCUUGAACAUCUGGCAGGUGGCCCGAGAUUGUGAGGAUGAGCGUUUCAAAGCCCAUGACCUCCUGGAGUACCGGCGCCUGCUUUGGCAUGGCACCAACGUGGCAGUGGUUGCGGCCAUCCUGAAGAGCGGGCUGCGCAUCAUGCCCCACUCGGGAGGGCGCGUGGGCAAGGGCAUCUACUUUGCCUCUGAGACCAGCAAGUCAGCCGGCUACGUGCACUGUACUUCUGAGAAGGUUGGCAUCACGUUUCUGACAGAGGGCCUGGGCAAGCCAUACUGCAUCACCAGCGAUGACCCUACACUCUGUCAGCCACCCACUGGCUAUGACAGCAUCCUAGCCUGUGGCCAAACAGAGCCAGACCCCACACAGGAUGAGGAGAUCCUGCUGGACGGCAAGAAGGUGCUGGUGUCCCAGGGCAAGCCCGUCCCCAUGCCUGCCUACCAGAACUCUUCCUUCAGUCAGAGCGAGUACCUCAUCUACAAGGAAAGCCAGUGCCACAUCAGAUACCUUGUCCAGCUCCGCUUCUGAGGGUGCCUGGGCACCCUGCAGCCCCAUCCCACCACCAGCUGAUGAUGCCCACCAUCCUACAGCACAGUGGUCUGGACUCUCCAGCCACCCCACCUGGGGUUUGGCAAAAGGCAGGCUGGUGUGGGGACAGAGCUUGCUCUGAGCAUGAAUAAAAUCACUGUGCCUUA